GGAGGUCCCGUGUGUUGCUGCUUGCCCUCAAAUAAACUGAAAUAAAGGCUCCUCUUCAGCGCUUUUACUGUCAGUGCGCCGUCUUUUUACACCACCGUCCCUCUCUGGACUUGAAUUUUCAUCUGUUUAUUUUCAUAUUAUUUAUUAUUUUUCCAGCCUGACGUCCCCUGCGGUGUGUUAUAUUUCCAGGAGAGAAAGGUUUCCAGGGAUGGAUUCGAUGCCCGGACAGCUUCGAGACGCGGGACGAGAGGCCAGCUCUUCCCCGAGUUUGAAGCAGGACGCACAGAGCUUUUCCGGCCCCGGCUCCCUCAAACCAAACCAAGUGAGUGAGACAUCCCUGUACGGGGUGCCGAUUGUGUCUCUGGUCAUAGACGGCAAGGAGAGACUCUGUCUGGCGCAGAUUUCUAAUACCCUGCUGAAAAACUACAGCUACAACGAGAUACACAACCGCCGGGUAGCUCUGGGCAUCACCUGUGUGCAGUGCACACCAGUGCAACUGGAGCUCCUGCGGCGAGCCGGGGCCAUGCCCAUUUCCUCCAGGCGCUGCGGCAUGAUCACCAAAAGGGAGGCCGAGAGGCUCUGCAAGUCCUUCCUGGGAGCGCACAGCCCUCCAAAGCUACCAGAAAAUUUUGCAUUUGAUGUGUGUCAUGAAUGCGCCUGGGGCUGCAGAGGCAGCUUUAUACCCGCCAGAUACAACAGCUCCAGAGCAAAGUGCAUCAAGUGCAGCUUUUGCAACAUGUAUUUCUCUCCAAAUAAAUUUAUUUUCCAUUCCCAUCGCACCCCAGAAUCCAAGUAUCUGCAGCCGGACGCGGCCAAUUUCAAUUCAUGGAGACGCCACUUGAAAUUGACGGAAAAAAAAACAAAUGACGACGUUUGCCAUGCAUGGGAGGAUGUAAAGGCCAUGUUCAACGGGGGGAGCAGAAAGAGGACUCUGCCCAUGAGCAGCUCCGGAAUGUCCUCGCCGAUGAAACCACAGGCCUCGUCCAGCCUGGUUCAAACCAGCUCCCCUGAGAUUCCUCACAAAACUUUACGGUGCGACGAGGAUCAAGGAAAUAAUAACCUAAGUUUGGCGAGGGGCGAGCGGAGUUACCCGGUCAUCCCGGUGCCCAGCAAGAGCUUUAGCAUGCUUCAGAAAAUCCCCCCACCUCUGUUCCCUCACCAUCCCUAUGGCUUCCCCAGUUACGGGCUAUGUCAGAAAAAGAGCGACGGGGUGCCCGAUGCGAACAAAAACACCGUCCCUGGUGUGUUUUGGCCUGGCACAAAGGACUCGAUCUAUCCUGCUUUCCCCAUGUUUUGGCCUACAGCUGGCGGCCUUCCAAUGCCGCCCUACCCGGGGUCUCCACCCAAACCUCCUCCAGAACUGCUAAGCGUCCGACAGGCCGAACUCGACUUAUCGGACCAAAGUGAGAGAGGCGCAAACACACCCAAAGACACCAGCCACCACCCUCACCACCAGCAGGACGGCGGAGAGCGCUGCCCCAGCUCCCAGUCCUCCUCCACCAGGAACGACGAGGACAAGUCCGGGGACGAUACCUCACAGAGGAAAAUCAGUUACAUUUCAGCCUUCAGACCCGUUGUCAAAGACGCAGAGACCAUCGCCAAACUGUACGGCAACCGGGACACCUACGGUUUGCGCCCUGGCUACUUGUCUCCGGAUUUUAUCAGCGAGAGCUCCAGCUACAGAUCAAUAUCACCGGACAGAGACAGCGUGGUGGACGACGACGAUCCGGACGUGGACGUGGAGUCCAACCGGGGACAAGACGAGGAUGAGCCGGGAAGGGACCACCAUGACUCCCCUGUGCUGGAACGGGUCUCCUCGGGUGCUGAGGAGAGUCAGGAGCAGCCCGAUGCAGCCUCCAGCCCCGCGGCAGUCGCAGCAUCACCGGAGGACUCCGCUCACACUGGGUCAUCGGACGAGGACAGACAGAUGCGUAAUGGCUCCCCUCUUCAUGAAGUGUACACUCGCGAAAGGGACGGCCACGUGCUUCUGAACGAGCCUUCCACGUUUGGGUCCAAACAAUUGAGCAGCCCUCGCAGAUCCAAUGGUGUUCACCACGUGUCUGAAAUACAGACCCAACGCUCUGCAGCGCCCUAUCAGGAGCCAAAGGACAGACAAGCCGGUGGAGCUUUACGCAUCGACAUCAGCGUGCACGAGAGAGAUCUGGAGAACAUGGCUAAAGAGGAAUUGCAGAAGCAGCUCGUGGAACAAGUGGAGCUGAGGAAGAAGUUGGAGAGAGAAUUCCAGCAUUUAAAAGAUAAUUUUCAGGAUCAAAUGAAGCGUGAGCUGUCCUACAGAGAGGAAAUGGUCCAGCAGCUGCAGAUUGUUCGAGAAGCUCACGACGCCCUUCACCAUUUCUCCUGCAAGAUGCUCACCCCUCGUCAGUGUACCGGAGCCUGUACCUUCAAACCCCCACUGCUGCCUCCCUAGUGCCUGGCACGACACAGCACCUGACCCCAGCACAGCCAAAAAUAAAUGAAAAAUAAAUUUAAAAAACAACAUGCACACACACACACACACACACACACACACACACACACACACACACACACACACACACACACACACACACAC